UUGAAAUAAAUAUGAACUUACGUUUUCCCGAUCAGCUCUAAAUUUCCCCUUCACCUAAAAAUAUAGUCUUUUCCCAAAAAUUUGGGAGUAGCUUUUGGCAAAAAUCCAUAUAUAUGUCCAUACGGCCAUCAAUUUUAGUCUUCGCUAAGAGCACUCUCCAAGAUUAGUUAGCUAGGGUUUAAAUAUACUGGUUGUGGAUAAGAGCAGAGUGAAUUGCGAGCAUGGCUUGCUGGGCAACGUCCUCGCUCCUCUCGGCAUUGCCUUCUGUAGUUUCCAUAAAAUGUGCUUCUCCUUCUCUUACCAUUGGAAGGCCCGCCGUCCUUUCAACCAAACUCACAUUGAAAAAAGGUUUCAAAUUAGAGACGCAGACUCAGAUGAAGCAUUCAUGGAGAGCACUGUCAUUGUCAAGCUUCGCUUCACUCAAUUGUCUGCAAUUUAAAUCUGAGCAUGAAUUUUCUGGUUUAAACCUUGAUAUGCUGGGAGGAACAAGAUUCUUUCUCAUGAGACAUGGAAAACGUGUACCAAAGCUCAACAGACCUCCUGACCAGAGACGUGCAUUGCUGCGUGGCCUUACCACAGAGAUUCUUAGACAUGGACGGAUUAAGACUACAAGAGCCAAAGCCCGUGCCAUGAGGAAAUAUGUAGACAAAAUGAUUACAUUAGCCAAGGGAGGAACAUUGCAUAAACGAAGGCAAGCAUUAGGCUUUAUAUAUGAUAAACAGUUGGUCCAUGCAUUGUUUGCAGAGGUACAGGAGAGGUAUGGUGAAAGGAAUGGUGGUUAUACAAGAAUUACACGAACUAGAAAUAGGCGAGGUGAUAAUGCACCAAUGGCAUUCAUUGAGCUUGUCUAGUUUCUAGGGCUAUUGGGCAUUGUGUAACAAUGUGAAUUUGAGACAAAAGAAUUGUUUUGUAUAUUGUUAGUGAAUUGGAACUCAGUUUUGAUGGCGAUUAUUUGACAUAAGCUACUUCUAAUGGAGUAAACAUCUACUUUAUUUCAUCUGGUGUUGAAAUUUAGGCCAUGGAUUUGCAGAAAGAAUCAAUUUGUAUUCCAGUCCUUGGAUCAGCAAUUAAUUAAGAUGGGGCUAAAAGAGAACGAUCUGUUUAUAUUCCAGUACUUUGAUCAACCAUCAAUUGGGAUGGGCCUAAAAGGCAGUAUUCUUACUUUGCAAGGUGGAUUACCUUCACUUGCAGAACAUUGUUCUAUUUUCAUUGUCAAAUUCCUUUCCUCCAUUCUUUACC